CUGGUUGCCACGUGUCACAAUCCCAAUAAAUAAGGGAUAUGGGUAUUUAAACGCUUUGAUACGAAUCAAAUAUCCCAUUUUUCCCUCCUUUCUCUUAACUUCUCCCCAGUAUAUACACCCCAGAAAAAAGAAAUCCAUUCCAACUUUUCUGUCAUUUUCCACAGCAUUUUCAUUCUCAGAAGUGAUCGAGAACAACCGCAGGAAUCGAAACUAAAGAUAGACCAGCUCGACCAACGCUUAGCGCGAAUAAGAAGGGGGUAGCUGAAAUUCUUGGGAGUCUUCCGGUACAAGAUCGCGACUGGCGAUUGCUGUGUACGACUGCCAAAUUGCGAGAACACAAACUGAUCCCCGAGAACGCGAGUCUUCAACGGGAGCCAGUAUAUAAAGAACCAUCUGAGAGACAGCAGGAGCGGAUAGAUAAACGGCUUUCCAAGCAAACUCCUCGAGAAACUUCAGGUAACUCGUCCUUUUGCUAUAACGUGAUGGGUAGAGUCGUGAUUUUUACUUAUCUGUCUUUUAUGCUUGUAGACAUGACUUUCCUGAAGUCUGCCCCUGUCCUGAAGAUCAAGCAAAAGGGUGGGACACCGGCAUCUUCACCAGUCGUCGCCCAGAAGAGGAAGAGCGAUGUGAUGACUUCGCUCGCUGCAGAUUCCUCCAAGAAGUUGGCCAAGACCACUCAGGAUAAGGGGAAGAAGGUUGUCAUUGAUUCUCCGGUUCGCCCUCGCGACUUCCUGGCCAUGCAGGAAAAAUUACUGGCCGAGAUUCCUUAUGAGGAACUUGUUUCUCGAUCUACUGAACUGGCCGUACAAUCUGUGGCCUUGUUUAUGAAAGCCGCGGCCACGCCUUCGAAGGAAAUUGACUCGCUGAAGAGGCAGAACGCCCAUUUUCAAGAAAACAUAAAGAGGCUGAAGCAGGAGGUGGCCAAGAUGGAGGAACUUCACAAGGAGCUCGAGGAAGUCAACAGGGCCAAAGAACAGUUGGAGCUCGAGCUCAAGAAGUCGCAGGACACGAUCGCUGAGAUGGCUCGCGACUUGGAGGCUGAGAAAGAGAGUGGGAAAAAACAGUAUGAUCAGGCUGUGUCUGAUUACAUUUAUACUACUCUCUCCAAGGUCCCUGACUUCGACUUCUCGCUGCUUGGAGAUGAAGCUGCUGAAAUGGCUGAAGCCUUUCGCUCGAUGUCUCCUACCCGGACUCAAGGCAACCUUCCAGAUGAAAUCGAGGGAGUGCAGGCUGAGGAGGUCGAGAAUGAAGUUGUGAGCAAGAUCGUGGAUGAGGCUGCUCCUGAUGAGACUACUCCCGCUGCUUGAUUAUUUUCUAUCUUAGUUUCACUCUUUUUUUUUUUUAUAUAUGCGGUACACGGGUACUCGCACUUUUGUACUUAAAGAAUUUUAUCUUACUUUUUGGACAAAUUUCUAUCCUCGCGGGGAUAGUAUGCAUUUUAAUAUUUACGCAGUACAUGGGUACUUGCGAUUUUAUUUUCAA